GUCUUUUUCCUUAGACCUGUUAAUCCAUGGCUUCACUUAGUUGUUACUAGUCGUGUUUGUCUUCUGUGUGAUAGUAUCUGUAUUUGAUUUAAGAAAUGGCAACUUUGAACCCUUUUGAUCUGUUGGAUGACGAUGCUGAGGAUCCGAGCCAACUCGCCGUCUCCAUCGCUUCUGAUAAGUCCAAGAAGUCUGCACCUGUCUCAGGUUUGCCUGCUAAGUCAGAUCCUCCGUCUUCGAAGCAGCCUUCUCCUUCUCAAGCUGUGAGAGAGGCUAGGAGUGGUGGAUUUAGCCGUGGUCGUGGUGGUUACAACCGUGAUGGUCCCCGAGGUAACAAUGGAUAUUCAGGGGGAUACAGUAAGCCCUCUGACGAAGGAGACGUUUCAAAGCCUUCUUAUGAGAGACGUGGUGGUGGUGGUGGUGGAGGAUAUGGAGGUCCUCCGCGUGGUGGUAGACGUGGUGAAGGUGAACGUCCUCGAAGGGCAUUUGAGCGUCGUAGUGGAACUGGCAGAGGGGGUGACUUCAAACGCGAAGGAGCUGGUCGUGGAAACUGGGGAACACCAGGAGAAGAAGUUCUUGCUGUCGAGACUGAAGAAGUAGCUGGGGUUGAAACUGAGAAGGAUGUUGUGGAGAAGCCUGCUGAUGAUGAUGCUAACAAGGAGAAUACUGCUGAAGUGGAGGAGCAGAAAGAGCCUGAGGUUAAGGAAAUGACUCUGGAUGAGUAUGAGAAAAUACUUGAGGAGAAGAGAAAGGCACUUCAAUCUCAGAACACCUCUGAGAGGAAAGUUGAUACUAAAGUGUUUGAAUCAAUGCAACAACUCUCAAACAAGAAGAAGUCUAACGAUGAAAUCUUCAUCAAGCUGGGUUCAGACAAGGACAAACGCAAAGAUGACAAAGAAGAGAAGCCUAAGAAGGCUGUGAGCAUCAAUGAGUUUCUAAAACCAGCGGAUGGUGAGAACUACUACCGAGGAGGUCGUGGUGGCCGUGGACGUGGUGGUCGUGAGUCUCGUGACCGUGGAGCUCGUGCUUCCAGUGGCGGAUAUGGUGGUAACCGUAGUGAAGCUGCGCCUGCCAUUGCGGAUACUGCUCAGUUCCCAUCUCUUGGGGGCAAGUAAAUGAUUCAUCCAUGAACACGUCGAAACACUCGUGUGGGUCUCCUUCAGUUUUCAUCCUCUGGUUGAAAUCAAGACUGAAUGAAUUUCAUGCGACGGUGUACUGUUUACCAGUCUGUUGUUUGUCAGGUGUAAAUUUUUAGUUAUCGUCAGGUUUUAGAUUUUCUGCAAACUGAUACCUGACCGUUUUUUUUUUUUUUUUUUUUUUACUUUUGAAACAUCACUCUCUUUUAGUUUACCAGUCUUUGUUAUCUAUGAAAUCUUUGUUUCAGACAGACAAGUCUAAUGUUAACGGUUUUGAGUCUUCUUCCUUUCUCAUCUCUGAUCAUGUUCUUAGAUAUUACAAAAUCUGUAAUAAGACAAAUAUUAAUAAGGUUCAGAAGUUUAUUUUUUAAUAACAGUCGUGUGAUUUAAGAUC